GCUGAGGAUCCUGAAUGCAUCCCCAUCUUCUGGGUCAGCCUGUGGGUAGACCAAUCAAUGAAAUAUGGACUUGGGUGUCAGCUCUGUGACAACAGUACAGGGGCACUCUUUAAUGACUCAGCAUGCCUCGUCCUCUACAAUGAUGGCGACAGCCUCCAGUACAUAGACCAUGAUGGUAUGGAGUCUCACCCCACCAUGAGCUCCCAUCCUGACUCCUUGAUGAAGAAGAUCCCUCUCCUCCAGCAUUUCCGAAGUUACAUGAAUGAACACCUGCAGAAGGCAGGGGCCAACACCACAGCCCAGGAAGGUGAUGAGCUGGCCUGCCUGCCCUACCUGAAAAAAUGGCUCUGCACAAGCCGCACCAUCGUCCUGCACCUCAGCAAUGGCACUAUACAGAUUGGUUUCUUCCAGGUGUGCAGGGGCCUGUACUUGAGGUGGCUGGGUGGGGUGGAAGUGCUGUCCUUUCACCUGGUGGGGGUCUUCCUCCGCUUUGCCUCAACCUCGGGCACCAGCUAG